AUGCUCAUCCCUGGUUUGACUGGCAUUGUUCCGCGGCUGAAUUUCUCUGCCACCACUUCACUCCUCAUCAUCUACAUCUCAUGUUUAUCGCCAAUACUCCUCCUUUUGUAUUUUCAAUUCUCAAGCCGUCGUAAUGCAGCGCGCGAACCCAAGGGAUGCCGAAAGUUGGGAUUGCACGGUUUCUCUAACCUCCACGAUGAAAACAACUACGGCAUCGAUGGAAGACCGAAACGAACCAACCAGAACGAUGCGGGGAGAGGAAAGAUCCGCGUCAAGGCUCUGUUAGCGUAUCCGAUCAAAAGCUGUGCGGGUGUUGAGUUCAAUAUCGCUGAUGUUGUGAGUACCGGAGUGGCAUAUGACCGCCAAUUUUGCUUUGCGGAAUAUGUAGACUCCGCAGAAUCAGGCGCAAAGAGUCAAAAAUAUGAGAAGCCAGCCGGGCAAUGGGUGUUCCGCACGAUGCGCGAUCUAAAAUAUGCCAAAUUGGCCUUAAUCCGGCCGGAGAUCUGGGUUCCCGACCCAUCAUCAUCCACCUAUUCUCCAAAGCGCCCGGAGGUGCGUUCAAAGGGCGUUCUAGUGAUAAACUUCCCCCGCAUCCCAAGCGGCAGUGGCAUCACACCCGUGCUUUUAUCAAUCGGAAUGAAACUAGGCCUCUGCGCUCGCGAGGAAUCAUUCCAUGUGCCUCUCCAUCCCCCGCCAUCAAGCGUAGAGAAUGGCGCUUAUCCAUCUCGCUCUGUGCGCAUCUGGAGGGACACCCCUAUGGCCUUCGACUACGGCAAACAUAUCCCACCCUCCCUACUCGCUUUCCUCGGUGCCUCAAGGCCUAUGACUCUCUUCCGCAUCGAUCCGGAUCACCAUCGGAAGGUAUUCCGCUGCGCACCUCGUAAGGAGGUUCUGGGUUUCCAAGCCACCACCGGUUUCGCAGACGCAUACCCGGUACAUAUGUUGAGCCUGGCCAGUUUGCGAGAGAUAGCUGAGCGGACGAAGUACGCUAUUCCAAAGCUAUCCGCGCGCCGAUUUCGGCCCAACGUUAUCUUAGAAGGGAGUGCUGCGUUUGAGGAAGAUGAUUGGAAGCGUGUGCGGUUUAUCCCGCGGAAUGGAAAACAGAUGCCGAACAAACAGGUGGAGGAUGGCAUCGAAAAGAGGGAAGGACAGAAUGGAGCCCCCGAAGACAACAGUAAUCGGAAGCAUUCCAGCGAGAACGCAGAUGAGGGGGUUGAAGUAUAUACAGCGUGUCGGACUGUGCGGUGCCGAUUGCCAAAUGUGGAUCCCAAGACGGGAGUGAGACAUCCCGUUGAGCCGGAUAAGACGCUGAAGAGCUUCCGGUGCAUUGAUGCGGGAGAUCCGUAUAAUGCAUGUUUCGGCAUGCAAUGCGUUCCUACUGUUGAAGAAUUCACUCUUCGCGUCGGCGAUGAGGUAAAAGUCCUCGAAAAGGGUGAGCAUUUCUAUAUCAAGAUGUGA